AUGGUGAUUAUAGAGGAUUCUUAAGAUACUUUGAAAGAGUUUUCUAAACUGUAUAUUCAUCUACAAGGUGAGGAGGCUUGGGAUAAAGGCUUUGAGUGUCUUGAAUCAAAUGAUUUUAAUAUCUUCCAUUCUCAAUUUAAGUUGCUUAAAGACAUCAAUGAGGAACGAAACCCAGAGGAUUUGAAAUUGAAGAUCUAAAAAACGAUCGCAAUUCCAUUCACUUAUGCAUUACCUGACAACAUCCCUGGUACAAUGAAAAGAGAUAAGGGUUAUAAACUAAAGAUCGAUUACUCAAUGUCUUUGAUUGCUGAGACGUUCUAAUUGGAUAGGAUUGUCUUGAAAAAAUUGCCAAUCAUUAUAAACCAAUAUGCAGUGAGGCAAAAUAUCAGUCGAAGCAUAUCUAAUAGUCAUGCCAUGCGAGGAUUUUGGCAUACUUAUCAAGGAAUUUCUAAAUUGGAAUGCAAAUAUAGCGGUGAAGAAUUUUCGAUUGGUGAUUCAAUCCACUUGGAAUUGUCGGUUGAUCUAAGGGAAAGCAAGCAAUACAUAUAGGAGAUCGUGAUUUCAUUGAAUAAGAGGACCACUAUCAAUGAUAGAGAACCCAAGGUUAUCAUAGAAUAAAUUUCCAAACAUCAUUUGCCUGGGAUUGUCUAAGGGAUCGUUUAGACAAUCAAAAAAUCUAUUGUGCUCUUUGAUUUCAACAACAAAAUAGAACUAUCAACCACUGGAUAAUUAAUUAAGGUGGAUUAUUUAAUUAGGAUACAAGCCUAUUCAACAUUAUUCAACCUCAAUAAUAAUGACUUAAGAAUAGAUAUUCCUAUCAAUUUAUUCCAAAGGAGAAUCAAAUAAAACGAUUUAAAGUUUGAAACCAACCAGAUUUAAGAUCUAUUCCAUCUAUAUGAUUUGUUAGGUCGUAAAACUAUGAACAAUUGCACAAUAUUAAUAUAAACAAUAUUAUUUACAUUAUAAAUUAAAUAUCUUAUGGGGAAUAGCUAGUCUGGUGUCUAGAUUACCAUAGAUAGGUUUUAUUAUGCAGAAGAAUUGCUGUCUGGCAAGAUUUUAAUUGCUAAAUCUAAAAUCAAUGCUAUUCAGAAUCUCAUCAUUCGUAUUUAUGGGGAAGUCUCUUUGGAAAUAGAGGGAGAGUCUGUCUAAAGGGAAUUCUGCAUUUACGAAAGUAAGCUUGAUGAAAAAGACUUGGCAACAAUUAGAAAUAAGACAGGAGUUAUUGAGUUUGAAUUGUAGCUGACCAAUAAUCUUCCACCUUCUGUGUAUUACCAAUCAAUUAAAUCGAAGGGAGGGUUGUAGUAUCAUUUAGAAGUGGAAUUGAACCCUGAUGGCCUAUUUGAUUUAGAAAUAAUUAGAAAAGACUUAGAGAUAAGAUAAUCAAUGCCGAAGGUUUAGGAUUUCUGUCUUGUCAAGGAACUAAAAUUGGAAACAGUAUUCAGCAACUAUGGAACUCUUAGUAUGGAUGUGAAUGUCAACGAAUAAUAAUUUCAUGUUGGUUAAACUGCCGAAGUUACUGUGUUUGCAGAUAACACCCUUGGAUAAGUGGACAUUGAUUACAUCACCGUUGAACACGUUUAAGAAAUAUCAAUAAAACCAGCACACAUAUGGAUCUCAGAAGUUCAGCUCAUUAACUCAUAGGCUAUAACGGGUGUUAAGGCCUUUCAGAAGUAUCAGAGUCCAAUCAAGGUAUUCUUGACCAUAACUGAUCCAAAUCAAAAGCUUAAACCGAAUUUACAAUUGGGGUUCUUGAAAAUCCAGAAUUAUAUCAGGAUAUCAACGCCCUUUAGUGUCUUUUAAAUAAAUCCUAGAUUUCCAUUGAUUCCUAUUGAGAUUUGUAAAUUGGAAAGUAAAUGCUUGUAUUAAAAUGUUAACAUGAUUGAUUAAGUUAAGUUACCGAAUGUAAGAUAUGCGAUUAACAUAGAAAUUUGUAUUGAAACCAGUGCUUCUGAAACUAGAUGA